AUGCAGGCCAGUCCUGCCCAGCUCAAAAAGCAAUUCUACGUCCUUUCCAAAGAGACGCACCCUGACGUGAACCGAAACGACCCCAAGGCUGCAGAACGCUUCGCGCAGAUAAGCGAGAGCUACUCUGUCCUGGCAAAUCCGGAGAAGCGAAAGAGAUAUGACCGUGAUGUCAUGAGGGCCCAUCAUCCUCACCACCGCGGUAGUCACAGCAGCCAUGGGGACCGAUCUCAGGGUGGAGGGACAUAUGCAGGCCACAGGCCGGCCAGUGGCCUGAGCAAGCGACGAAGCACCUUCAAAGGACCACCGCCAUCGUUUUACGCACAUGGAAACCCAUCCGCGCGGACACAACAGGGUGCUGAUGCGCGCAACACGCAGGGCCAGCGAGCCGCAGGGACAGGGGAGGAAUACACGGCCGGGACUUUCAACGCGGGCGCAUUUUCAGAAGGGGGAGGCCCCGCCUUCGAUACCCGGCCGACGCUCAAGACCCAGACACACGAAGACUACCGCCGGGCCAACCGGAGAGCGGCAGAACUCGCAGCGGCUCAGGCUGCAGUGGAGGAGGACAACUUCUGGGCCCGCUUCAUCGUGGUGUCCGGAAUCAUCGUUCUGGGCGUCUCCGUCGGCACGUUGAUUAUACACAUGGCCAACAAACCCCGAGGAGGCGGACUCAUUCGAGGGGACGGCAGCCGGAGGGACGGGGCCAGAAAUGAAUGGACGAAAGGCUAG